ACAUGCGCAUGUCAAAUUUGACUUAUCGUAUUCGGUAAAUCGUUUGAAACUUUUUCUGUUGACGCCUCAAAUGUACACAAAAACGUGUUUUUGCGGCAUGUUUGGCUUCUAAAAGGCGCAUUUUCCGCAAUGAGCGCGUACAAAAAUGAUCCUGAAUUGGCGCUGGCCACUCUUCAAAAACUAGCGGCCGAAAUCCCUUCAGGCGUCAGUGUUGAGGAUGUGGGGGAGGUUGUCCCUGUACUUGGCUCAAAACCGGACGAAAUAACGAAUAAUUUGCGCGAAGUGAUUGCGGCCGAGUUACGGGAUUCGCUGGCCUGUUUUUGGGAGGCGCAUAAUAUUAACCAAAAGCUCAAAAUUGUCAAGAAACUUGAAUGCAGUGAUUCGGAAAAACGCGUUCCUGCCACCAUGCAGGAGAUAGUGAACGGUUUGCAUGGGGAACAGUUGAAGAGGCUUAAGAAGGACCUUGAGACUAGGGUCAGGAAAAUCAAAGAGGAAAAUAACAAACUAGAAAGUAGUGUGAAAGAAAAAUCCGAUUUGCUUGAACGACAGUUGAAUCAAAUUAACUCAACCAAGUUUACAUUGUAAUUAAUACUGUUUUUGUUACUUAUUAAUAAAAAGAUUAAACCUA